CACGCGUCAUUGGCACCCGCCCACUCACUUCAGGCAUCUGAAUGUGUGUGUGAGUGUGUGAGUGUGUGUGUUUGUGUGUGAGCGAGAGAGAUCCUCCAGCAUUAGGGCCGAACACUGAGAGGUGUCAGCGCAUCCGGACACAGGACAGCCAUGGCCCUGCUCGAUCUCGCCCUGCAAGGCUUCUCCAUCUUCGGCUUGCUCUUGUUCAUCGUGCUCUGGCUCAUGCACCUCGUGUCCAUCAUCUACGUCCGUCUGCAUCUCAACAAGAAGACCACAGAAAAGGUGCCGUACAGCAAACUGGCUGGUGUGUCGCUGCUGAAGCCCCUCAAGGGUGUGGACCCCAAUCUCAUAAACAACCUGGAGACAUUCUUUGAGCUGGACUAUCCCAAGUAUGAAAUUCUGCUGUGUGUCCAAGACCAUGACGAUCCAGCUAUCGAUGUUUGUAAAAAGCUGCUGGGCAAAUAUCCAAAUGUUGAUGCCAGGUUAUUUAUAGGGGGAAAGAAAGUUGGCAUCAAUCCAAAAAUAAAUAACCUCAUGCCAGCUUAUGAAGGAGCAAGGUACGAACUCGUCUGGAUCUGUGACAGCGGCAUUCGAGUGAAGCCAGACACUCUCACUGAUAUGGCUCAUCAGAUGACGGAGAAGGUGGGACUGGUUCACGGCCUUCCUUACGUGGCAGACAGACAAGGAUUUGCCGCCACAUUGGAGCAGGUUUAUUUUGGAACCUCACAUCCUCGUUCCUACAUCUCGGCCAAUGUAACGGGAAUCAAGUGCGUCACGGGGAUGUCGUGUCUCAUGAGGAAGGACAUCCUGGACCAAGCUGGCGGGCUGAUUGCGUUUGCCCAGUACAUCGCUGAAGAUUAUUUCAUGGCCAAGGCCAUCGCAGACAGAGGAUGGAAAUUUUCCAUGGCAACGCAGGUAGCCAUGCAGAAUUCUGGCUCGUACUCCAUUGCACAAUUCCAGUCUCGCAUGAUCAGGUGGGCCAAACUGAGAAUCAACAUGCUGCCGGCCACCAUCAUCGAGCCCAUCUCCGAGUGCUUUGUGGCCAGUCUUAUCAUCGGCUGGGCCGCCCACCAUGUGUUCCGCUGGGACAUCAUGGUGUUUUUCCUGUGCCAUUGCCUGGCCUGGUUCAUUUCGGAUUACAUCCAGCUGAGAGGAGUACAGGGCGGCCCUCCAUCCUUCUCCAAGCUGGACUACGCAGUGGCCUGGUUCAUCAGGGAGUCCAUGACGAUUCAGAUUUUCUUGUCUGCUCUUUGGGACCCCACCAUCAGCUGGAGGGCGGGACGUUACCGAUUGCGUUGCGGCGGUACAGCAGAGGAAAUCUUGGAUGUUUAAACGGCACCGUGUGCCUGGGACAAUGCACUGAUGUGUACAUGGACACAGAACUGUGAGAAGACAUGGGCACAGAUGGACAAACGAACUGCAACUUUUUUUUUUUUCUGGUUUAUUCCAACUUCUGCUAGUUUUUAACCUGUGACUUUAGCAAAUAGAUUAUUUAUGUCCUUGGUGCUUUUUUUGUUUUCUUGUGUGGUCUCUUGACAAUUUGGGACCUCGUUCUAGAUGAGCCAAAAGUUAUGAAGAAGAAGAGGCGGCGGCACUUCAGCUGUCUUCAGUAACCCUGAUAAAAACCUAAUCUAAGUUUAACUUUUUUUUUAUUUUAAAAAAAGUUGUGCAAACAUGUUUAGUGCUGGUUUAACAGCUGUCUCGUGACAUAAUCCAUUUUAUGAUGAGUUUGGAUGAACGGUACAGUUUUUAACAAUAAUAGUGAGGUGGAGAAUGACUGAAGCCUUUUAAAAUGGCUCACUUGCUUAUCACAGUGUUGCUCUCAACAUACAGCACUCUUGCCAUAUUUUAUAAAUUUUUGGACUUCUGAAUGCUCAAAUCGGAUCCACUCAGGUCCAUUUUAUGUUUACUGGACAGAGCAAUAUCUUCUGUAGAGGUUAUAAAUAGGGAAUUAUGGCAUAUUGUCGAUCGAUCCUGCAGUAUUCAAACACGAGGUUUACUCCUCAGCAUGACAUCUGCAGAUGAAAUUUAGUGCCAUUUAUUGUUAUAAUUUUGGCAACUUUAAUGCCGACACCAUGGCUUUUCUUCAAGCUCUUUUAUCUUCCCUUGCUUCGUUCUCUGCAGUAGUUGCUCUCGUACCAGGAUCAGAGUUUGCUAAAACACAUUUCCUGCCCUGCUGUUGUUUGUUUGUUUGAGAAGCUGUCAGUAUUUUCCUGAUGUUUGACUGGAUAUAAAUGCAUAAACUGUCUGAUCAUUUCAUCCGAUGCCAUUUCAGUUAGCUGAUUAAACCAGAUUCUGUUGACGAAAAGAGUUUGAGAAGUUCAAGUUUACUCUGUUUUUUGAGUUGAAACAAUUUGGCAUGAGUGCAUGCACAAUUAUUAAAAAAAAAAAACUCCUGGCAAACUUCUGCAUUUACACUCUGAUACAUUUCAAAAUAUGACAGUCGCACAGUGUGCUAUUUGGAUCUACUCAGUCAUUCACCAUCAACAUCAUGGCGCUGAUCGUGAAGAACCCAUGCCAGCACUGGCAGUAUUGUUUCACUGAUACUACUCCACUCAUUCAGCUGAACCGUUCAAGCCUUGUUGUUAUUUUAAAAGCAUUAUAUGUGAUUCAGGAAAAACACAUUUGCUUGAGCCGUGUGCAUGUGUCUUCAUAUUCCAUCAGCUGCCAUUUAGGAUGUUAUAAACACUGUUUUAGCCCAAUGCCAAACCCUGCAUUGUGAUUUUGUUCUGGUGUUGGUUUGUUAUUUCUAAUUUGAAUACAUCUGAUUUUGGUCUACUAUUGAACACUUUGGGCUGACUAUUAGAAAUAAACGUAUGUUUUUGUGCAUGAGGCCACGAAAUGAAUGCCAUUUGUUCGAACCAUGGCAGUUAAUUGAAGUAUUAACAGUUAGGGAGCAAUCAAUUAGCAAUAAUCAUAUACAUUAUUAUUAGUUUUACUGUAUUCAGGCUGUGAAACGAAAGCAAGCUUCCAAACCCAUUUUCUUGUCCAGUUGUGGUAAAAUAAACAUUUCAGAUUUUGUUGACCUUGA